ACGUGAUGAUUCAGUUUCCAUGUUGCAUUAAUUGCGAUCAGUAUAUAAGGGGAAACCGUUCGUGGUUUCCCCUCACUUGUUCAAAAUUUCAAAAUUUCCGGUUUAGAGAAAAAGAGUCCUCUGUCUUCUGCGAUAAGGUUUUCUGAAAUUCCGGUGAGGUUGUUUGAGUUUGAGUCCUCAUUUUUCUUUUCUUCAUCUUGAUGGCUGAACCCUCAAGUCCUCAAAAUGUGGAGGGUGGAAACCCUGAGAAACGGCCGCUGGCGGCGGCCGAUGAAGAUGAAGCGGAUGAUGGUGGAGCAGUCGGUGGUGGUUUACCGGUGUUGAACUGGUCAAAAAGUUAUUUUGAUAACCUGAUGACCAGCAUACAAAUGCCCAAAGAGUAUGGGGCUAUCUAUCCCCAAGAGGGAGAUACCGGUGCUGAUGCUCCGGCGGGAUAUAUUACCCUGUGGGCAGAGUUUUUUUAUGAUGGCAAUCUCCGACUGCCGUUGACGGUGUUUGUUGCCGAAAUUCUGGAGUUCUAUCAGAUACACAUCUCCCAACUGAGUCCGUUUGGGAUGUUUCGGAUCAGAAAUUUUGAGUACACCUUCCGUGCUCAUGGUUUAGACGUGUCUGUUGAAAACUUCCGGCGGUUCUACCACCUGACUGUGAACACCGGGUUCUUUUCGUUUAAUCAACGACAAAGAAGUAAGAAGCUGAUGACCCCUCCCAAGGGUGUCACAAAGUGGAAGACGAAGUUUUUCUACAUUAGGGCUGUUGCGGUAGCCGCAAAGAUGACUUUGCGGAAUGUGAAUGCGGACCUCCCUACGGAGAAUAUUGUUGUUGCUACCGCAAAGACUGUGAGCUGGUUUUCAAGGCUGCAACCGAUUGAACUCAAAAGACUGGAUAAUAAUGAGUUGUGGGUGUUGCGGAUGAUGCUGACCAGGCCGGAUAGGAGGGCAAGGCCCGUUUUGUGGGAAAAGAGUGGUGAGGAUGCGGUCGGCCUAUGGAGGAUGUUUGAUCCAACCUUUGAAGGCAAGGUUGAGUUGCUUCCGUGCGGGGAACGUGAAGGCUUCAACCUAAAGAUUGUUGGGAAUUUCCGCGUUCCUGAUCGCGCGGCGCUGAAGGCACCACUGCCGCAAGGCAAAGGUGAUCUUGGGGUCUUGGGGAAGUUUCAGGUGAAAACUGUCCCCAAGAAGCAUACAGAGAAAAAGCAUGCAGAGAAAACCGCGUGGGGGCGCGGUAAGAAAAAUCCUGAGGGUUCUGUUGCCCCUCCUUUAGUGUCCCAAGCCGCAGGUACCUAUCGUUCUUGUUACCGCAGAUAUACCGAUUACGUAGUAGUAUCUGAUACCCUUGAGGGUUUGGGUGUUCCAGGUGGUGGUGCGGCUGUAGGUGGGACUGCUGCGAGUGCCACCCUUGCGGGUGAGAAAAGGAAACCGGAACAGACAGCUGCUGGUGCCGGUGAAAUUAAACGUCGGAAGCUGCAGUCCAAGAGGGCUGGUCCGACAUAAAAGAAACUUGCGGUUACUGCUGAACCGCAAGGUAAAGAUUUUUCUAUCUUUGAUGCUCCCUCGUCUCCCCUGCAUACCACGGCUACGGAUACGGGUGUUACGAAGGAAACUGCGGUACCUUUUGCCAAGGUGGUGCCCGAUCCGACCGCGCGGGCGGAGGAGACUGUGGAGAAGGUUGCGGACCAGAUCUUUGAUACCGUUGAUUCUUCUAACAACUUGAUCUCUCCAAACGAUGCUGAUAAUUUGGAUCUACGGUUUUCUGAUGCUGGGAAGCAAAAAUCUGGUGCUGAGCCGCAAAAGUCUCCUGCUGGUGAGAAGGUUACUGGUUCUUCUUCUGGUGGUGCGGGUUAUGAUGGGCCUCCGAUUCAGCCUGAGGAGUUUGAAUUGGAGUAUUAUUACCGCACUUACACACAGGAUCGAACUACAAGUUAUCACCGACCCCCCUGGACUGUUAUGCAGGGGGAUGAUAUUUCCAACGAUCCUUCCGCUUGUAGAGAAAUUUUGGGUGGCCUGGGCACCCCGUUUGAAGUUGAUCGCGCUCGUGCCGCAUCCUAUGAACUUCGCAUCAACCAACUUUCCACGAUGCUUGUGGGAAGUUCCAUAGUGGCGAAUGCCAUUAUGGAGGACUAUAAGUUGUUGAGUCGGAGGGAGGAAGAAGCUGCACGGAUGCGGGCUGAGGCGGAGAGGUUGGUUAGAGCUGCUCGCGCAGGUGCGGAGCAGCUUGAAAAAGAUACGGCUGCUUUUGAAAAGCAUAAGCAGACUGAGGAAUGGGCUGCAACCGCCGAGCUUAAACAGGUGCGUACUCUUGCCAAGUUACUUUCUGGGGAGCGUAAGAAUUGGAAAGAAACACUUUCCAAUGAGCGCAAGACAUGGAAGGAAUCUUGGGCUAAACAGAAUGAAAAUCUGUUUCGUGCUCGCCAGUAGUUGGCCAAUCUGAAGGCAGCUAAAGCUGUUUUGGCCAAAGAGAAGGUUGCGGCCGAGGCAGCUGCAGGUAGGGCUAAGGAGGAUGAGGCCCGGACCGCGAAGGCUCUUGAAGAGGCCAAGAAGGCGGGGGCUCGUUUUGCCAAUGCCCUUGAUGAAGCGAAUGCUGACCGCACUCGUUUAAACCAGACUGUUGUGAGCCUCCAGGCUGAGGUUCAGGCUCUCGAGGCUAAGCUUGCAGACAUUACUGCCCGCGUGACUGUAGCGGAAGAGCGGGCUAAUGAGGCUGUCGAGGCCAGAGAUGCCCUGACCUCUUCGUUUAACCAGCUUGAGGCUGACCGUAAGUGGAUGCGGAGUCACGGUAUUGCACAUAUUGUUCAAGCUAUCAUGGAUGCGCCCGAGACUGCAACUGGUAUAGACUUGAUCAAGCAGCGUGCCCGUGAUGCUGGUUUUAAAGCUGGUUAUAACCGUUGCAUCGGUCAUAUAAACAUUUUGUCUAAAGGUGGCUAUACUGAUGAGCGGUCCGGGUUUCGUGACAUGGACACCGAAGCGCUUCUUGAGGCGGCGUUGCAUCAUUUUAUGACAUGUCUCUUUCUUCUGUUGAGAAGAUUGAUGAAUGCUUAGAUGCAGCAGACUAUGUAGACCGGUUGCGGAUGCUGUAUGCCGAUGCGGAAAAGGAAGAUACCGCUGGUGAUGGCCAAGAUGGCGCGGGUAACAGUGGUACAAAGUAGAACUAGGUUGGCCUGCGUGCCCCUUUUUUGUUUUCCUCUUGUAUAUGUUGAAACUUUAUGUAAAUCCGUUGUGCACCAAGUGGGUGCACGAAUUUUUUGAAUAUAAAGUUUAACUGUUGCUCAA